AUGGUCGAAGACAUCGGCAACGAUGACGACCUCAAGAAGCCUCAAGUGAAGAAGGACUAUUCUGGAGUCGCAGCCAAAACAGAUCCGGCCGAGAUUGCUCUUGUGAAGAAGCUUGACAGAUGGAUCAUGCCCAUGCUGUGGUCCAUGUACUGGUUGAACUACUUGGAUCGAAAUGCCAUUGCUCUGGCUCGUCUCAACGAUCUAGAGGAGGACCUCAACCUGACACCAACUCAGUACCUUACCUGUGUCAGCAUUCUCUUCGUCGGUUACCUCCUCGGACAGAUUCCUUCGAACAUGUUUCUCACCAGAACCAGACCCAGCUAUUACAUGGGAACAUGCAUGUGCCUAUGGGCUGUCGUAUCAGGCUUGACCGCUGUUUGCCAUAACUUCGUUGGUCUUCUCUUGGUUCGCUUCUUCCUCGGUGUGACUGAAGCACCCUACUACCCUGGUGCUGUCUAUCUCCUCAGCAUCUUCUACAACCGCAAGGAGAUUGCCACUCGUAUCGCUAUCCUCUAUACAGGAAACAUCUUAGCUACAGCCUUCGCAGGACUCAUCGCAGCUGGCAUCUUCCAUGGUAUGGAUGAUCUGGCCGGUCUGGCUGGAUGGCAAUGGCUGUUCAUCCUCCAAGGAGCAGUUACCUUCGUCAUUGCCGUUGUCGGGUUCUUCUGCCUUCCAGACACGCCCUUGACCACCAGAUGGCUCACCCCUGAGGAGAGGAUCCUCGCACACAGCCGCAUUGCCGCUGAUACUGUUGAGAAGAAAGGAGAUACGAGCAUCUGGGUUGGUCUCAGACAGGCUGGUUCCGACCCUGUUGUUUGGCUCUUUGCGCUCAUGGCACAUCUCCACUUGGCCGCCAAUGGAUUCAAGAACUUCUUCCCUUCCGUUGUCAAGACUCUGGGUUUCGACAGAACCAUUACUCUUGUUCUGACCUGCCCUCCCUACCUCAUCGCUGGCGCUUCCACGCUUCUGGUCUCAUGGUCUUCCGGCAGAAUGAACGAACGCACAUGGCACAUCACUGCUUCAAAGUCAGUUGCCAUCAUUGGCUUCGUUGUCGGUGCUCUUGUGAUGAACACUGGCGUCAAGUACUUUGCCAUGGUCGUCUUUACCAUCGGUACCUAUGCGGUCAACUCGUUGAUCUUGGGUUGGGUCGGUUCCACUUGUGGCCAGAGCACUGAAAAGAAGGCAGCAGCCAUUUCGAUUGUGACCACAGUGAUGAACGCUUCAUUCAUCUGGACGCCUUACCUCUGGGAUCCCAAGGACGCACCUCAGUACCAGCCUGCCAUGUUCUCGAGCGCUGCCUUCUCUGCUGGAACUGCGCUUGUUGCUUGGAUAGUCAAGAUCAUCAUGAAGCGUCGCAACGAAAGGCUCAGACAGUCUGAGGAUGAGGUGCAGACUUUCUAUGUCUACUAG